AGAGCAGUUAGAAGUAAGAAAUAGGAGAAAGUCGUUAGUUUUUGGACGGACCGUAAGCUUUCUAUAAGAUAGGGUAGUAUAAUCAAGUUACUCUCUAUUUGUUCGUUAAAAGACAUUCACCUUUGGUGGGUAGUCAAUUUGUUCAUAAACGUAAGAGUUUAUUAGUUGGACCUUCAGUAAUAAGGAAGGAGAAUUUCCGUGAAGGUAUUAGUAAAGAAUAAGAAAGCUAGAUUACGUAUUUGAACUCUUUAUUAUAGAAGUUUGUAAAGACAUUCAGUAUAUCUAACAAGUGCAGUGUAUUAACAGUGUAUUCAACCGAUUGUGCACGACUGAACAAUAUUAUAAUAAACGUAUUAUUAAUUCAAUUAGAAAACCGUUGUGAAAUCAUUUCUUUGUGGCAUAAACCCGAAGGUCAUCCGGACACGUGAUGUUUCUUGAAUAAACUCACCUUAAAGUAACAUUACAACUACGUCAGAAGUGGGAUAAGACAUACAUAAUCCGGCUCGUUAUUGUUACAAGACCUUGAGAUAAUCAACAGUGGUUACUGGAAAUCAUUUGAACUUAACUGUUAUUGUUAACGUUUUUGCCGCUUGAGACCAUAUGAGAAAGUGUUGGUGACUUUGAACACGUAUUAUUGCACGUGACACAUUAGUGCUACGGUAUCACACGGUUUCUCUAAGAAGAACAUUAGAAACAUAAACAGUAUAAGGUGAUUGCAGGACUUGAAAAUAAGAGAUAUUGAGAGACAGUAAUUCGAAAAAAAAAAAACCCGGUCGUUACAAGAAAGAGAUAAUCAUGGAUCGACUUGCCUUAGACAAUAUGACGAUGGAAUAAUUGAAAGCGGAAACCAAUAAAUAUCAAUUAAAAGCUCAUGGAGAUCGGAAUUCGUUGAUUGAUGCUAUAGUAAACCAUUGGGAAUUGAAUAGCCCGAUGAGGGAAAUGAUUUCGAUAACCCAUCCAAUGGAUACUCUAAUGGUUAAUGCUCCGACAGCUAGAUUGAUUUCGGAAAAUGGCGAUUCAAUUUCUCCGGAAGGAUCUCGUCCCACAACAUCUGCAAAUGGAUCCAAUUCAAAAAUGGAGAGCAUGUUCACGAGGAUGAUGUCCGCAUUAACGACAUGUAUUCAAAAUCAGCAGCAGUUCGUGGAGCAACAGAAAGUCGCUAUGCACCAGCAGCAGCAAGUAUUAGCAAAAAUAGCAAGUGCUGUGAACGGAAAUAUUACGGGUGUUGUUGUCUCACCGGACCAAGGCGAAUCGACUUCUGGCAGCAGUGGAGGUGUGGAUGCAGGUCUCUGUCAGCAGACUAUGCCAGCGCAAGCAGCCCCAGUCAUUCUUCCGAAUACGAUGGCAGUGCCUUCUGCGAAUAUACUAUCUUGGUGUCAUCUUAGAUUCCAGAGUUCGGAGAAAAAGAAAAUGAAAUGCCGCCAAGGCGCCGUCGCGGCUAUAGAACCGGCAGCAUUGCUAGAGAGCGACGGGAGCGAGAAGAAGCUCGAACACAACAGGAUAUAUUGUCCGUCAUAUGAUCCAUAGCAGUUGUGAACAGACGGUCGGCCGAGCGCUCCCAUCCCAGAGGUGGCUGGAGAGGCCAACGCGGCCGGGGCCAACGUGAUAGGCCUUAUUAAAAACAAGGUUUGUUACAAUUUUCCUCUACUGUCUCCACUAUUUACAAAAUUCUAUUUAUUCUUUUAAUAAUUGUAAUAUUCUU